CGGAGAGACCAGACCGUGGUCCUCGGGCUGCCCGGAGGGCGCGCGCUGAUUGGCGGCCCGGGCCUGCGCGCGGGCUACGGCGUCCGGCAGGGGGCGGUGGCGGCCGUUGGCCGAGAGUCCGGAGGCGGGGCCGCGGGCCUUGGGCGCUGCGAGCCCGGCGGGCCACGACUCGGCCGGGACGGGGUGCGGGCUGAGGCAAUGGGCGACCGCGGCGGCGCGGGCGGCUCCCGGCGCCGGAGGACGGGUUCACGGCCUUCGAGCCAGGGCGGCGGUGGGCCCACGGUGGCGGAAGAGGAGGUGCGGGACGUGGGCGCCGGGGGAGACGCGCCGGCGCCGACUCCGGCCCCGGACAAGGGCGAGGACGGAGACUCCGACGUGGGCAGCGGCCACUGGGAUCUGAGGUGCCACCGCCUGCAAGAUUCUUUGUUCAGCUCUGACAGUGGCUUUAGCAACUAUCGUGGGAUCCUGAACUGGUGUGUGGUGAUGCUGAUCUUGAGCAAUGCACGGUUAUUUUUAGAAAACCUCAUCAAGUAUGGCAUCUUGGUGGACCCCAUCCAGGUGGUGUCUCUGUUCCUGAAGGACCCCUACAGCUGGCCCGCCCUGUGCCUAAUUAUUGUGGCCAAUGUCUUUGCUGUGGCUGCAUUCCAGGUGGAGAAGCGCCUGGCAGUGGGUGCCUUGACGGAACAGGCAGGGUUGCUGCUGCACGUGGUCAACCUGGCCACCAUUCUCUGCUUCCCGGCUGCUGUGGCCUUGCUGCUUGAGUCCAUCACUCCAGUGGGCUCCGUGCUGGCUCUGAUGGUGUACACCAUCCUCUUCCUCAAGCUCUUCUCCUACCGGGACGUCAACCUGUGGUGCCGAGAGCGAAAAGCUAAGGCCAAAGCCAAGUCUGCUUCUGCAGGUAAGAAGGCCAACGGGGGAGCGGCCCCGCGCACCGUGAGCUACCCAGACAACCUGACCUACCGUGAUCUGUACUACUUCCUCUUUGCUCCUACUCUGUGCUACGAGCUCAACUUUCCCCGUUCUCCCCGCAUCCGAAAGCGCUUCCUGCUGCGGCGGCUCCUUGAGAUGCUGUUCUUGACUCAGCUGCAGGUGGGGCUGAUCCAGCAGUGGAUGGUCCCCACCAUCCAGAACUCCAUGAAGCCUUUCAAGGACAUGGAUUAUUCACGCAUCGUUGAGCGCCUGCUGAAGCUGGCGGUCCCCAACCACCUCAUCUGGCUCAUCUUCUUCUACUGGUUCUUCCACUCCUGCAUGAACGCCGUGGCCGAGCUCAUGCAGUUUGGAGACCGGGAGUUCUACCGGGACUGGUGGAACUCUGAGUCCGUCACUUACUUCUGGCAGAACUGGAACAUCCCUGUGCACAAGUGGUGCCUCAGGCACUUCUACAAGCCCAUGCUUCGACGGGGCAGCAGCAAGUGGGUAGCCAGGAUGGGGGUGUUCUUUGCCUCGGCCUUCUUCCACGAGUACCUGGUGAGCAUCCCCCUGCACAUGUUCCGCCUCUGGGCCUUCACAGGCAUGAUGGCUCAGAUACCCCUGGCAUGGAUAGUGAGCCGCCUCUUCCAGGGAAACUACGGCAACGCAGCUGUGUGGCUGACGCUCAUCAUUGGGCAGCCGGUGGCCGUGCUCAUGUAUGUCCACGACUACUACGUCCUCAACUACGAGGCCCCGGUGGUCGCCUCCUGAGCUGCUCCACAGCAGGUCCUCGCUGCCGAUGGCCAGGGCCCAUCACCCACCUGUGUGCUAGGGAGGGGGCUCGGCUGUCCACUGCCUCCUCCCAGCCACGCCCCCCUCCCGUGGAAGGCCUCUCUGCCCUCAUGGGGCUCCUUCCUGCCCUGCUCAGGGAUGGCAGACCAGGCACAGGCCAGCGCUGGUGGGAAGUGCCAGUGCCCCAGGAAUCUGUGUGAUCCUGCCCAGGGGUCUGAGGAACUCAAUAAAGUACUGUCCAGAGUGGCUGCCCUCAACCUGCUGGGGUUGUGGGGUGCUAGUUGUGCUCUUGGGAGGGGGAGCUGGGUCCCACUGGCCUUACUGGUGCUUAUGCCCAUGUCUCCUGGGGUGCUGUGUCCUGGAACACCGCUGGGCAGGGCACCAUGGUGAUGUUGAGGCUGGGGUUGGGGGCCAGAUAUUGGUGGUCAGGCAGAUUCCUCCUCCUGGCACACAGCUCAUCACAGGUGGCAACUCCCAUUUGCCUAACAAGGCUCAGUGGAGGUGACACUCCCUGACCUUGUCACUGCCCUCGUUAACCUUGUGUGCGAGUUUGUGGGGGGUGGUGAUUAGCUCAGAGCUCUGUGGUCCCUGUGAUAGGGCCUCAGUAGAGGCUGACCAAGGACUUCCUGGCAGCGGACCUUGGCUCGGGGUCGUGGCUGGAGACUGGGGUGUGUAAGAGGGUCAAGAGUCAGGACCAACCAGGGGGCUGGCGGAGUUGCAUGUCGAGUGCAGUUCUCAGACAAGGCCAUGGAGCUCACAGAGGCUGAGUCAACGGACCCUUGGGGAGCUGCUGCUGCCCCUAGGGUGGCUACAUGCUGGGGUGCUCACCGGGGACAGAUGCAGAGCCUCGGGGACUCUUGCCUCUCGGAGGAGGCAGGUGGCCUGGCCCAAGCCUUGACCUGGGUCUCCCUCAUGAGCACACGCAUCCGUGGAGAUGCUUCAACACCAGCUCUCUGCACCUUCUGGGUGCUGUUGGCCUGAGGCCUGCCCCUUCUCUGUACUGGAAACCCCAAGGCCCUGUUGGGUCAGAUGUGCCCUGACUCACAGAUGUGGCCUGAUAAGACAGGGGUCUUCAGGAGGUGUCUGGGCGGCCGCCUCAAGACCUGUGCUGCCCCUGCCCCACCCAGCACCUGUUCAACUCCACAUCCUCCUUCCCUUUGGCUAUAGUGGAAUUGCCACGGUGGGGAUGGGGGAUGGGGAAGGCUCCCUUUGGGGGGGGGGGAGGGGUUCCUUUUUGGAUCCCAGGGUGGAGGCAGUGUCUCCCUGGCCCCUGCUGAGGACGGUGAGCAGGGAGUGAACUCCUGGGGGCACAGAUCAUCAGGCAGGCUGCUCUGGCCUGUCACCUCCCCACCCCUCGGCACCCAACCCUUCCCCCCAAACCAGUCCAGUGCCUUGUGAAUGCGUGAAAAACGGGGUGCCUUUGCCGAGAAGAUGUGCACGGCCUGCCUGUCUGUCCAUGCCCCACCUGGUCCCAUGUGGGGAGGCCUUGGGCAGGGCAUUCCUGUGGGUCUGUCCCACCACCCCCUCCCUCGUCCUUUAAUAAAGAAUUCUGAGCA